UUUUGCUACCUCCACCUUGUCGCUCAGGUGUAUGAACUGUCGAAAACAACUUCCCAAAGGCGAAAAGUGGAGAAAGAGUUUAUGGACGAGAUGUAGUACUUGUUUUGAUGUCAAAUAAAAGGGAGCUAUCACAACAAUAAGUUAGGAGCUGGUACGUGGAAGAACCGUCAAUUGAAGUCAUGUCUGUGGGCAGUGCGGGCAACAUGAGAGAGACCUCAGGGCCUGGCAGCUACCAGCGAGGACUGAGCCAGACAAGCAGCCAGAGGUCUUUGUCCUAUGAAGAACGCUGUGUAGACCCUGCAGCGCCAGAGACCCAGAAGCUAAAGACAGGCCAAUACAAGGAUGCAAACGGGAAGCAGUCUGAGACAACAGGUUUUAUCGCUUCUUCAGCCGAGCCUCCCUCCACCCCUCAAACCUGCAAUCCCUGCGCCUCCCCGAGAGCUUGCAGGAUCUUUAUGUGUAGUGUUUUGACCUGUGGCCUUUAUAGAGUAUGUAUGCGUGCCCCGUGUCUGCCGCCAAAACAGAGCGCCACAGAGGAGCCGGAACAGCUGAGCCUUCGAGCUGAGAAUCCGGUAGACAAGCAAGAAGAGGAAGACGACUGGCUGGGCGACGUCUGCAUUAAUGGAGUCAAAGUGGACAGUCCGAGAGAUUAUAUAGUAACCGAAGAUGUAAUAUACCUGCCUCAAAAGCAGCCCUGCCACCUAUCCCUGCAGGAGUGUAUAGGGCUAGACGACUGGGAGGGCGGCGAGGAGAACGUGGACUCGCUGAUUACGAAGAAGCUUCUGGAGCUUUACACCGAGUAUCAGAUAGAAGAGUUGGCCCGGUGCACGUCGGACUCUGUGUUUCUGCGCAAGAGCAAGGACAUCAACCAGCUCAUCAACACGUUGGCCGAGGAGCAUCAAAUGGACGAGCAGGAGGCCGAGUGUCGUCUGGUGCGCGGCAUCAUCCGCAUCAGCACUCGCAAGAGCAAGAAGAAGAAGAGGUCGCACGUCUCCCGCACAGAGAGAACAUUGUCGGACAGCGGCAAUGAGACCAUGAGGGAGAGCAGCUCUGUUACGUUCAGCAACAACAAUGACUACAAAUCCAAUCCAAACAUUCAAAUAUCAGAAUUGACUUCCUCUGACAAGUGUGCCAGAGAGAUGUGGAGGAACAAUGGAGGUCGAACGUCCAGCUCAUCAAUAACCUACUCCCCCUCCCACACAGAGACUAACUCGUCCGGUGUCCCACUGAUUCGCACUUCUGUCAGAACAUGAUGCCUGCCGCACGCUUUCCGUUUAUACAUUUGUACUAUCACCUGUGAAGGAUGUCAGCCAACUCAGGACUCUCUGUUUUAAAUGAUAGCUGAGCUCCACCAGCAGCUCUUGAUGAUUUUUUAAAAAUAAUCACAGUUAGCAUCUUGAUAAAACCAGAAUUUCCUCAUCCUAUUGUUUUGUAAUUUAUAUAUUUUUCAUGUACAUAUCCGUUUGUUAUACAUACAUGCAUACUGCAACAUACAUUGUAAUGAGGCAUUCUGUAUAUUGUUAAUGGGCCCCAUGAAACCUCACAUGGCUGCUCAUGUGGGACUGUUCAGACUUAUCUGCUCUAUAGCUACUGCGGAUAUAUGCUCUCAGGUAUAGCUAAUUCUAUUAUUCUUAAAUGAAUGGUGUAAAUAUGCCCUGAUUUUCUAACCUCAAUUUCCCCAUGGUGUCAUCUGUACAUUUUAAUUCCAUGCAACAAACUAAUUACUUUUUGUCCUGGACCAAACAUUAAAGUGAUGCUGUGUUUGUUUUUUGUAAUGAAGUGGUUUACAAAAUAAAUCCGGUGAGGUGGCCUUUUCAGGCUCUCAGU